CUGACUCUUGGGAGGGUAGGCCACAAGGAAUACUAUCGUCCCAUUUUUGCUGUUGCUGCUAACAGAUGCUUCGCCGAGUACCUGCACAGGAUCGCUAUAAGGAAAACGAACCUCACCUUCCACCACUGUGACGAGGCGAUGUACACAGCUUGUCACAGUUUGGAGUUCAUAGACUCGGUAGCACUGAGAGCUGGUUGUCGUUGGUUAAUAAGCAUCAUGAUCGGCAGCGCGACGUAUUGGAUCACAGUGGCCUUCUUUUGCGAUCAGGCGAUUUUGGCAAACGAAGCUGUAGAGCGAAUUAGGAAUCAGAUUUGUCUGCUGAUUCACAAAAGUAGAGAGAUGCUGAGAAAAUGGAGGGAAGAGUACAGCUGCCGCCUCUUCUAG